UUCGACUGCAUGCGUUUGCAGCCGACCUGUCAUUUGACAUGUCGAGUGCACCUACUUUCUGCUGAAGCAGGAAACGUGCGGUGAUGAUUGAAGGACACGGUCAUUUCGCUUUGUAGCCCUUCAUGUCUGGUAUUCAAGCGUUUUUGCUGGUUAUGGCGUGUGUGUGCAGCUGGCUGUCCAAGCACUGGAUAUGUGUCUGGGUGAUACUUCAUCUGUGCAGUACCAUCUGUGAUGCAGGGGAUUUCCAGCUAGUUGGUCCAGACCAUCCCUUGUAUGCGGUUGCUGGUGAAGACCUGGUUCUCCCCUGCUCACUGAGCAGUAUGAAUGCUGAAGGGAUGACCGUGGAGUGGCUCAGACUGGACAACCAAGGCCAGAGUUCCAUAGUGCACCUUUAUAAAGACCACAAAGAUAUAAACACCAAUCAAAUGUCGUCUUACAGCGGCAGAACAUCCCUCUUCAAGGAAGAACUGAAGAAAGGAAAUACUUCACUACUCAUCAAACAACUGAGUGUUGCUGAUACAGGACACUACAAAUGCUUCGUACAAUCUACAGACUAUGAUGAUAUCUCUGUACAACUCAGUGUUAUAAGCUCACACCCAGUGAUUUCUUUGUAUGACGUUAACGGUGGAUUCAGCUUAGUGUGUGAAUUAUCUGGAUGGAACCCUGAGCCAGCGGUUGAUUGGUUGGAUGGUGAGAGGAGGAGACUGCCAGCUGACAACCAAGAGUGGAACUCUGAUGGAUUGACAGUCAAGCGACGCCUGGUUGUGGACAAGUUGGAAAAGAACAGCACCUUCAUCUGUAGAGUAUCCCAGAAUGAAAAAAUUAAGGAGACCAUCUUUCACAUUAAUGAAGGAUGGUUGAAUCACGUUUAUCCUUUACAAAUCCGUUUUCACCUCAUUGUAGGAGUGACUGUGGUUGGGGUUGUGGUUUUGGUGAUUUUGAUCAGUUGUUCGUUAUCCUGCACUGUUUUAUCUGAAGUUGAUGAAAUGGUUACCUGCAGUUCAAGAGCUCAUUUUCUACUCCAGGUGUUGUUGCUGGCGUCACCGGUUUAAAUGCUGUCGCUGUGAUCUUUACCUAUACCAUUCUCCAUAGGUUCUGACUCACCUCCCUGGGCCUGCGCUGGCUCGCCCACUUCCUGUCUUCCCAGCAGAACGGAGUGUAGUGGUUAAAGUGGGCUGGAAUGAAAAGUUGUGGGUUCAAUUCCUGGCUCCCACCGUUGUGCCCUCGAUCAAGGGCACAGGACUCCAAGCUGCCCUGGGGUCAGUGGCUCCUGUAAUGUGAUUGACAUGUGAGUCACUUUGGAUAGAAGCAUCUGCUAAAUGGAAGAUACAGUACAGGAGACGUAGCAGCUCCUGCUUGAUUUUGAUUGGCCUCACUAACGGAAGAGCAGACGACGGGAACUCAACUUCCUCCCGCCAUUGAUUUUGUUUUGAACAAUCCCCAACACUGCUAAAUGGUUUAAUAAAAAUGCUUUUGAAAUGA